UCAGUCUCUACCGCACAAUCGAAACGCGUCGUGUUUUUGUUCCAUCUGCUUGCUUCCUCACCGACUCGCGUUAACUUGAGUUUACCACAUUGUGACACUUUCUCUGUGGGUUCUCUGCCACGCUCCCAUAGCAAAUUGUCAAACGCUAGUAAAAUAUUCAAUUUGUUGCUCGGUGUUGUGUGUUCAUGAAAAAGUGUGAUAAAAGUGUGAACUAAAGGAGAAGAUGGCCACACGCUUCAUGGAUAUGCUGAAGCUGACCUUUAAGGUCCUUAGCUUCAAAUAUGAGCAGCGAAAGCUUGCAACAGCCAUAUACUCUGUGGUCAAGACAAAUCUGGGCACAGUGCGUGGUGUAAAGCGCAACACCAUUUGGGGAGGAAGUUACUUUAGCUUCGAGAAGAUACCAUUUGCCAAGCCGCCAGUGGGAGAGCUGCGCUUUAAGGCGCCAGAGCCAGUGGAGCCAUGGGAUCGGGAACUGGAUUGCACUUCGGCAGCCGACAAACCCCUGCAGACACACAUGUUCUUUAAGAAGUUUGCCGGCUCCGAGGAUUGCCUGUAUCUGAAUGUGUAUGCCAAGGAUCUACAACCAAAUAAAUUGCGUCCAGUAAUGGUUUGGAUCUAUGGCGGUGGCUUUCAGGGGGGAGAAGCCUCGCGGGAUAUGUACAGUCCAGACUUUUUCAUGUCCAAGGAUGUGGUGCUGGUCACAGUGGCCUAUCGGCUUGGAGCCUUGGGCUUCCUUAGCCUCGAUGAUCCACAGUUGAAUGUGCCAGGCAAUGCCGGACUCAAGGAUCAGAUUAUGGGCCUGCGUUGGGUGCAGCAGAACAUCGAAGCAUUCGGUGGGGAUCCCAAGAAUGUGACGCUCUUUGGAGAGAGUGCAGGCGGUGCCUCGACUCACUUCCUCACGCUGAGCCCUCAGACAGAGGGCUUGAUCCACAAGGCCAUCGUUAUGUCGGGCAGUGUAUUGUGUCCUUGGGCUCAUCCUCCAAGAAACGAUUGGGCCUAUCGUCUGGCACAGAAACUGGGAUACGCAGGGGAUAACAAGGACAAGCCAAUCUUUGAGUUUUUGAGCUCUGUAAAUGGUGGAGAAAUAGUCAAAGCCUCAGCAACAGUCUUGAGCAAAGAUGAAAAGCACAAUCGAGUGUUAUUUGCCUUUGGACCUGUUGUGGAGCCCUACAGCACGGAGCACACGGUUAUUGAUAAGCCACCACAUGAGUUAAUGCAGAACAGCUGGAGCAACAGGGUGCCUAUCAUGUUCGGUGGCACCAGCUUCGAGGGUUUGCUCUUUUAUCCAGAGGUCUCCCGUCGUCCGGCCACCUUGGAUGAGGUAGGAAACUGCAAGAAUUUACUGCCCAUCGAUAUGAGCAACAAUCUGGAUCCCAAGCUGAGAGAGAACUAUGGCCUGCAGCUGAAGCGUGCCUACUUUGGGGAGGAGAACUGCAAUCAGGCCAGCAUGAUGAAGUUCCUCGAGCUCAGCUCAUAUCGCGAGUUCUGGCAUCCCAUCUAUCGUGCCGCAUUGGCCCGAGUGCGUCAGGGCAGUGCGCCCACCUAUCUGUACCGCUUCGACUAUGACUCAAAGCUCUGCAAUUCCAUUCGAAUCGUGCUUUGCGGCCACCAGGUGCGCGGUGUCUGCCACGGCGAUGAUCUGGGCUACAUCUUCCACAGCAUGCUGUCACACCAGUCGGCACCGGAUUCGCCAGAGCACAAGGUCAUCAUGGGCAUGAUCGACAUCUGGACGAGCUUUGCGGCCAAUGGGGAUCCAAACUGUGAGAGCAUCAAGUCGCUGAAGUUUGCACCCCUCGAGAAUGAGACGAAUAUCAAGUGCCUGAACAUUGGCGGAGAGUUUGAAUACAAAACUCUGCCAGAGCUGCAAAAGAUCGAGCUAGUGUGGAAUAGUUUCUAUUCUCCGGACAAACUGUAGUCUCGUUCAGUCGAAAAUCGUUUAAGGGGGGUUUCAUAGCUUUAGGUCUGCAAUUGUGUAAAUAUGUUGUACAUAUAUUCUGGUUGUAAGUUUGAAAUGUUGGUUAAAAAUUCAUAUUUCUUAACCUAUUUUGUAUUUAGUUUUAACCAUGACAAGACAAAAACAUUUUUUAAAAUUAAAAA